GGAAGAGAGAGCGAAAGAAAGAGCAAGAGAGAGAGAGAGAAAAUGAGAGAAAGUAAGAGUGCAGAAAACAGAGGUAGAGGGAAGGAGAGAGAGACAAAGAGAGCAGGAGAGUGAGCGAGUGAGAUCGCUGUGCAUUUUGGCACCAGAUGAGUGUGAAAGAAAUCCGGUACAGAGAGAGUGGAGAGAAAAAAGGCAUGUCCAGAAUGCCACCAGAGCAAAAGAAGGACUGAAAGAAACAGAGGAGGAUUUGUUCAUACUCAAAAAAAGAGUGAAAAAGAAAGAGAAAAACUUAAUUCCAAACUAGGUGUGAUUCUUCUCCAGGGUACUGAUAAGAUGAAGACGAUUUCCAGUCACACAUUCGGAAAGAAGUGCGUGUGAGUGUUUGCGUGGAGGAUUCUAUUGCAGACACCUCUCAAAAGUUUGGUUCUCACAUCUUAGAAGGCGAACAGAGAGGAAGGAUGCCGGAACAGAAAGUUAGCCUCCCUGCUAAACUGAUUAAUGGGGGCGUGGCCGGGCUGGUGGGCGUGACCUGUGUGUUUCCCAUUGAUCUGGCUAAGACCCGCCUCCAGAAUCAACAGGGUGCUCGGGUCUAUAGCGGGAUGUUGGACUGUUUGACCAAGACGAUUAGGACAGAAGGCUACUUUGGGAUGUAUCGAGGUGCUGCAGUGAACCUCACUCUCGUAACGCCAGAGAAAGCGAUAAAACUCGCAGCCAACGACGUCUUCAGACAACAGCUCUCCAAGGAAGGGAAGAUACCGUUAUGGGGUGAGAUCCUCGCAGGUUGUGGGGCAGGAACCUGUCAGGUGGUGGUCACGACCCCGAUGGAGAUGCUCAAAAUACAGCUGCAGGAUGCUGGAAGAUUGGCGGCGCAGAGAUCCGUGUCCACCUCGACUCCAGCCUCCUCACCGUCUCUAGCGUCGUCUCACCACGCUGCAGUGCGUCGCUCAGCCACGGCCAUAACGCUGGAGCUGCUGAGGACGCAGGGCCUCCGGGGCCUCUACAAGGGCACUGGAGCUACUCUGCUCAGGGAUGUUCCGUUCUCGAUGAUCUACUUCCCGCUGUUUGCCAAAUUUAACGCGGUGGGGCGGAGCGGAGAGCUCCCUCACGAGCGUGCACCUUUCCUGCAGUCCUUCGUGUCAGGAUGCGCCGCCGGCUCGGUGGCGGCCGUGGCUGUCACUCCGCUGGACGUCAUAAAGACUCGUCUUCAGACUCUGCAGAAGGGGGCAGGAGAAGAUUCAUACCGGGGCAUCAUCGAUUGUACACGGCGCAUUCUGAGUCGAGAAGGACCAUCAGCCUUUCUUAAAGGAGCAACAUGUCGAGCUCUGGUCAUCGCACCGCUUUUUGGCAUCGCACAAGGCAUCUACUUCCUGGGUGUGGGUGAGCAGGUGAUGAAGCUGCUGGGAUAAAAAUGAAGUGUCAUAUCAAUGAACAAACACACAGUACUGUUUCAAUACGUGGAGAGAUAGAUAGAGAGAGAGAGAGAGAGAGAGAGAGAGAGAGACCAGGGGUUAGUUAUGGAGUAAGUGGUUUAUCCAAGACGGAUGUCCACUUACAUAACCAAAGGAGUUAUAGAAAAAGAAAAUGCUGUUCAUGUGAUCACUAAGUGUGUAAAGUGUGUAAACAGGGUUCUUUAUACUAAACAGGGUACAGGUCUACAUGAAAGUUUUAAUUCAUUUGUUUGCAAGUGAUUAAUUGUGGAAAACAGAAAGAAUGUUGAAUAGCAUGCAAGUGGAAUAGAGUUAAACCUAAACAGAUCAAGAUAAACAGAUUGGUGCUUUGUUUUUUUAUCAUUUGAUAUUUACAGCAUUUAGCAGACACCCUUAUCCAGAGAGACUUACGUUAUCUAAUUGUUUAUACAACUGAGCAAUUGAGGGUUAAGGGCCUUGCUCAGGGGCCCAACAGUGGGAGCUUGGUGGACCUGGGAUUGAACUCACAACCUACCAAUCGUUAGCACAACACCUUAACCACUAGGCUACCACUUGCCCCAUAUUAUUGUUUAAGAGCCAGAGUAACAGACAUUAUAGGAUUAUAGUGCUUUAAAUCCUCUACUUUGCUCAGCUUAAGUCUAUUGGAUUACUCCUGUUAAAACUAGAGACUGUGCUUUUUAAGUUUUAAGUAACAUAUUCCCUUUAGUAAAUAAAUAAUUAUGCAAAUCAUACCAAUCCAACCAAUCACGUUAAGGAGGCGUGUCUACUUGAGUACAUUCAGGACACGUGCAUUUACUUUUGGUAGUGAAUGAUGGUUACCAUUAAACCAUGACCCUAGAUCAGAGAAAAACAGUAUAUUAAUGAUUGUAUUCAAAUAUUAUUAAUUAUCUUCUGCUUAUACUAAUUUUAUAUAGGUGUAGCCAAAACUUCUAUUUUGUUGCUGUUGUUGUUUUUUGUUGCUCGCUACAAAGUCUAACCUCUGUUAGAUAUCUAUACAGCUGUAUAUUCUAUAACACCAAAAAAACAAACACUACACAUAAUCAGAAAGUGACUUAUUAUAAAUGUUUCUGUUUUUUAAAUGAAGAAUCUUGAGGUUGUGGUCUGGUCACAUGACACUCAUAUGCAGCAAGGUUUUGAGAAAACCUUCGUCAAACAUCAAUGCAAGUAAUACUGUUUUUUUUUUUAAAUAUAUAUACUAUAUGUUGUUAUUUUUAAACAUACAAACUCUGAGUAUUAUUACUGUAUUGAAUGGAGUAAAGAGCACAAGUAACGUUUAAAAAUAGAAGCAGAAAUGAGAUUUGUGGACUUUUCACACUGCAAGUCUUAACGCUCAAUUCGGAUAUUUUGCUCAGAUCUGAUUUUUUUGUUUGGCUGUUCACAUUACCGUUUAAAAUGUGGCCUAUAUCAGAUACCAGUGUGAACUGUUUGCUGUUUCGAACUGACCCGCAUGCGCAAACGAACAAUAACAAUGACGUCACACGCAGCACGCGGUUGCGAUAAAGUUGGACAGGUUACGGAGGAAGUAAGCAUUUUCGCUUUUCUUUCUAAAUGUUUGUGUAAUGGCAGCACAGAGACGCGGUGUUUUGAAAAUUUUCGGAUGUCGAGGGCAACUUUUGAUUAUUUGAUCCAUUCUGUAGGCGUAGUCACGUUUGUGUGCGUACUCGCCGGCGCAUAAUUGUGACGAAUGUCGAUGUAGAUUGACGUUAAUGUCGCAUCAAAUCCGCCUCGGUUGUUCACACUGCGGCCACAUUGGAAAAAAUCAGAUUUGGGUCUGAUUCAGGACCACAUAUGGACGUGGUCUGAAUCUGAUUUGAAAAAAUCAGAUCUGGGUUAGAUUUGAGUGUUCACACUACUCCUGAAGAAGUCUGACCUGGUCACUUGACCCCAAAAAAAUCAGAUUUGGGCCACUUUUACCUGCAGUGUGAACGUGGCUAUUGAGAAGAAAGCAAACGCCUCCUUGUGGCUGGAAUUUACACUACAGUCUGACUGAAAUCAGUAUGGAUAAAACUUUUUUUUGUACUUAUUCAGUAAUGUCAUUUUAUUCUAUUUAAAUCAGGUUUGAUCUUAUUACAUGAAAAUCAUGUACAGUGAUUGUAUAUUCUAUUCUGAUUUUACAUUUGUAACUGUAACGUUUAAUCUCAACGUACGAUGUAAUCAGUCCCUCCAGGAUUUAGCGAUGGUAGAAGUAAACGCACAAUCAAGCAUUCAAACUCUGCGAUAUUCGUAGGAGACUGAAAUUUUUCAAAAUAGACCGCAGUUUUUCGUCAGAUUUGGGACGGGGCGAGACGUGUGACAUCAUCAUCACAACACGCAUUCAGCCAACGCAGUCUAUUCACGUGCGUCGAACAUGAGUACAACUAUCAUAGAAGAUAAUUACGUGUAUUCACUUGUAGGAGUUUAAUAAAAGUAGAUUUUUCCACAAAAAAGCUAUUGAACAAAUCAUGGAGAAACUGAUAAACUGAAAAACAAUGCAAACACAUUCCUCUGACUGGUUUAAUGACCAGGUUUCACUUUUCUAAUCAGAUAUAUAUACUGUAUAUAUGAAUAAAUAAAAGAAAAUCCUCUGUUGGUUUCAAGUAAAAACUUUUACUUCAGAGGGACGGAACGAAAAACCUAUUUAUUUUUCCUGCAGUGGUGCUUGAAAGAUUGUGAACCAUUUUUUAUACUAUACAUGAAAGUGAAAGUGACGUGACAUGCGGCUAAGUACGGUGACCCAUACUCAGAAUUCGUUCUCUGCAUUUAACCCAUCCAAAGUGCACACACACACACCGUGAACACACACACACCGUGAACACACACACACCGUGAACACACACACACCAUGAACACACACACACCGUGAACACACACACAGAGCAGUAAGCAACCAUUUAUGUUGCGGUGCCCGAGGAGCAGUUGGGGGGUUCGGUGCCUUGCUCAAGGGCACCUCAGUCGUGGCCGGCCCGAGACUCGAACCCACAACCUUCAGGUUACGAGUCAGACUCUCUAACCAUUAGGCCACGACUGCCCAUUUAUGCCCUACAUUUGCAUAAAUGUAACCUAAAGCUAAAAACCAGCAUAGAUCAAGAGAAUCUGAUUAAUGGUAGGAUAUGUUCCGGUAUCAGCAGAAGUACGUGACCCUUUUAUCUUCAGUGUCUGGUGUGACUUGUGCAGUUAUAUAAGUUAUACUUAUGCAAGGUUAUGCAGUUAUACAGUAUACUUACUGUCUCAGGCGUCAUCGGGCAUCAAGGCAGGAUACACCCUGGACGGAGUGCCAACCCGUCACAGGGCACACACACACACACUCUCAUUCACUCACACAAUCACACACUACGGACAAUUUUCCAGAGAUGCCAAUCAACCUACCAUGCAUGUCUUUGGACUGGGGGAGGAAACCGGAGUACCCGGAGGAAACCCCCGAGGCACGGGGAGAACAUGCAAACUCCACACACACAAGGCGGAGGCGGGAAUCGAACCCCCAACCCUGGAGGUGUGAGGCGAACGUGCUAACUACUACUAGUACUACUAACCACUAAGCCACCGUGCCCCCCCGUUAUACAGUAUAGAAAAUUCUAAAUUGUUCACAAUCUUUCAAGCACCACUGAAUGUAUAAUUUCCACCAGGUAUAAGACAGACAAAGGCGUUUUUGUUUAAUAUAGAACGUGACAGUAUUUCUACAGCAUCCACAAUCACAGCACUGGGCCUCAUUUAUCAGUUCGUAUAUAAACAGUUAGGGUUUAUUUGUAAACUGCUUAUUGGAGCACUUAAGACAUGUCGUUAUAUGAAUAUUCAGUAGAGGAAAACAUAUUUGUAGUUGUAUGUUCUGCUGUGUAAAUUUAAAUAAAAGGACUCUCACUAAUUUGAAAUCAAGUUAAAAUGGGGGGGGGCAUUAACUCAAUUACGCACCAUUUUGGGUAACACGUUUACUUGAAACAAAGCGAUCUAAAACAACAUCUAUUCUAGACCUUCAUAUAUAGUAUAGAAGUAACGUUGCACUAUUGAGAGGACGGAUUAGUGUGUCUGUGGUACGUCAUGAGCAGCCGUGGCCGUGCUGCAUUACUGGAAGAAGCUCUUUCCACGUUUAGUCGCCAUUUUCAGGUCUCUGUGCCCUUAUGGAGUUCUGUGGCCUUCCAGAAACUCAAAUCAACUGCUUUUGAGAAGGUGCUUUGUAAUUUACAGCUGAUUUCUGACUACAAACAAAUUUAUACUUAGCUAAACAACUGAUAAAUGCAGCCCUGUGGUGCACGUAAGCGAUUGUGCAUGAAAGAGUGAUUGUACACUCUUAACGCAGAAUUGACUAGAAGUACAGUGACAGUAUUGUGUCCAAAAGAAACAUCAUUUCAAUACGAUAAGUUAUUUCAUGUGAUGUACGUACUGAAUGUGAGGAAAUAUUUCUACUAAUUUGUUCUCAUGUUCAAAGACAAUGAAAGGAAAAAAAAGAUAUACCAUUUUUGUUGGUUGAUGUUUGUAUUGUAACAAAGGAUUUUAACAUGACAGCAAUACUGAAAUGUCUCCAAAUAUAGAAAUAAAAUAUUCUAUUUA